GAGUAGAGUGAAUGGAUCCGAAACACGCCUGCGCCGCUUCGUGGCCGAUACCACUCACCACCUACUCCCGGCGUUAAUCGCCGCCCCUCCUCCACCCACACGGCCACACCCAUUGCCGCAAACCCUAACCCUCCCCAAUGUCCUUGCUGCCGCCGCCGGCUUCGCCCAUGGCUGAGGCCGAGGCCGAGGCCCGCGACUGGGCGGAGAUGCCGUCGGACGCUCUCGCCGCCGUGUUCGGGAAGCUGGACGUGGCCGAGAUUCUGACGGGGGCCGGGCUGGUGUGCCGCGCGUGGCGCCGGCUCGCGGCCACGGACCCCACGCUGUGGCGCCGCGUGGACAUGUGCCUCCAGGGGGACCUCCUGGAGACCGAGGAGGCCGAGGCCACGGCGCGCGGCGCGGAGGCCAUGGCGCGCGCCGCCGUCGACCGCGCCGCGGGCACCAUGGAGGCCUUCUGGGCCGACGACUUCGUCACCGACGACCUCCUGCGCUACAUCUCUCAGAGGGCCCCCUCGUUGAAGAGUCUCCAACUCAGCUUGUGCCAUCAUGUCUCUAAUGAAGGUUUUGCAGAGGCAAUUAAUUGUUUACCUCAGCUCGAGGAGCUUGAAGUUACAUUUUGCACGUUGCAUGGCAACGUGUGUGAUACUAUUGGCAGAGCCUGCCCACAACUUAAACGCUUCAGAUUGAAUGAGCGCUGGUCUAUUCUUCAAAGUGAGUUUGCACCCUAUGAGGGCAUGGAUGAUGACACAGAAGCAUUAGGAAUCGCUAGCACCAUGCCUGGGCUCCAAGAACUUCAGCUGAUUGGUAACAACAUGACCAAUGAUGGACUCAUGGCAAUUCUUGACCGUUGCCCUCACCUUGAAUCUCUUGACAUACGCCAGUGCUACAACAUCCAAAUGGACGAUGCCAUGAAAUCGAAAUGUGCUAGGAUACGAGAUCUGAAGCUUCCUCAUGACUCCAUCUCCGACUUCAAGUACCGCGCACACAUCGUCAGUGCUAACUCUGGAUCUGAUUUCGAGGUUGAUGUGUAUGAUGAUCUGCUGGAUCCGGUCACUGAAGAUGAUGAUGCUGAUUUUGAUGAUAUAGAUGAUUUUGAUGACGCGGGCUCAGAUGGAGGCAUGUAUGAUGAUGACUUUGAUAUCUGAAGAAAGAAAUACAUCAGAAUAGCUUUUCCGUGUCCAAUGUGAAAUGCUGUGAGCUGGAAUGGUUUGAGAUUCCCUUGUCUUGUGACACUGGUAGCUAGGUUGGAAUAAACAGUGCAGUACCGAUAUUUGUUUGUGGGAUCUCCUGAUGUUUAUACUUCUACCCCCUCACUUCAUUUAUUUCAGGAAACUGGAGUAACUAAAUUAAUAACCAUUUUGAUUGCUGCACCCCGGUUGCCGCAUGCACUACUAUAUUGGGUGUUAUUUGCUGUAAGUGUUGUUUCUACGUUUGUAA